AGCAUCAGAAGUUCCUUCCCGAGCAAUGCAGUUUCAAUACGACAGUUGUGCCUAUGUGCAGGGGUUUCACAUUACAGGUUAUCGGCGUUAAAAUAACAGCAGUCCUGAGCGUUUGAGUCAGUUUUUGAAACGGCCCUGCUAUUGGUAGGGACGCGACAGGAUUACAGCCAAGACUUCCCUGCAUUUUCUGCCAAAAUCUGUGUCAGAUUUAAGACACAUGCUUCUGCAAGCUUCCAUGGGGGUUGUGAAAAAAGUUGGACUCCAGAAUUGGGUUCCAGCUUUUCUGUAGCUGCAGACAUUGGUGGCCACCCCACCUUUUUACAAAGCAACUAGAACCUGGGGUAUACGGUGGAGAGAUUUUUUUUUUUUUAAUUUGCUGGACAUGAAAUGGACUUAGAGUGAUUUCUCAUUGGAAGUGGGAGACAUGUCCACCUCCUGAUUAUUUUUGGAGCAUGAAAACAUGUAAAAAUUUUUUCAUCUCUCUCCCUCCGUAAGAUUGUGCAAAAACGUACCUUGACUAAUUGAAGUUGUUUCAUUGGAUUUUGAUCACAGCUGAUUAUUUGUUUUUUCAUGUGAAAUCUUGGGGUCUCGAACUUUCCUUCUGGGAAUGUCUUUUGAAACAGUUUUCUCUAGCUGCCUGAUAUCAAUUGCUUGGUAAUCAGUGGAUAUUAAAAUAUUCAAAAUGUACAGACAGUGGGCAUUGCUGAAUAUUUUCAUGAUGUCUUAUCUGCAGUUGGUGCAGGGCUCCAGUUACGAACGUGGACCAGUGAAGCGUUCAAUGCUAGAACAAUCUGAGCAGCAGAUUAGGGCGGCUUCUGGUUUGGAGGAACUGCUGCGAAUCACACAUUUCGAGGACUGGAAGCUGUGGCGAUGCCGACUGAAGCUGAAAAGUUUUACCAGCACGGACUCUCGCUCAGCAUCCCAUCGGUCCACUAGGUUUGCAGCAACUUUCUACGACAUCGAAACACUAAAAGUUAUAGAUGAGGAAUGGCAAAGAACCCAGUGCAGCCCUAGAGAGACGUGUGUGGAGGUCGCCAGUGAGCUGGGGAGGAGCACCAACAGGUUCUUCAAGCCUCCCUGUGUGAACGUGUUCCGGUGUGGCGGCUGCUGCAAUGAAGAGAGCCUCAUUUGUAUGAACACAAGCACCUCGUACGUUUCCAAACAGCUCUUUGAGAUAUCGGUGCCUUUGACAUCAGUACCUGAAUUAGUGCCUGUCAAAGUUGCCAACCAUACAGGUUGUAAGUGCUUGUCAACGGCUCCCCGUCAUCCAUACUCCAUUAUCAGAAGAUCCAUCCAGGUCCCAGAAGAAGAUCGCUGUUCACAUUCCAAGAAACUCUGUCCCAUUGACAUGCUAUGGGAUAGCAACAAAUGUAAAUGUGUUUUACAGGAGGAGAAUCCACUCGCUGGAAUGGAAGACCACUCUCACCUCCAGGAACUGACUCUCUGUGGGCCGCACAUGAAGUUUGAUGAAGAUCAGUGUGAGUGCGUCUGUAAAACAUCCUGUCCCGGCAAUCUCAUUCAGCUCCCAGAAAACUGCAGUUGCAUUGAGUGCAGAGAGAGUCUGGAGAGCUGCUGCCAGAAGCACAAGAUAUUUCACCCAGACACUUGCAGCUGUGAGGACAGAUGCCCCUUUCACACCAGAACGUGUACAAAUGCAAAACCAGCGUGUGCCAAGCAUUGCCGCUUUCCUAAGGACAAAAGGGCUGCUCAUGGGCUCCACAGUCGAGAAAAUCCUUGAUUCAGCUUUGUUCCCAAGUUUCCCAUCCUUGUCAUUUUAAACAGCAUGCUGCUUUGCCAAGUUGCUGUCACUGUUUUUUUUUUUCCAGGUGUUAGAAAAAAAUCCAUUUUACAUACUACGGCAGUGAAUCCAGACCAACCUUUCAUUAAACGCCAGCUGAGGAUUUCCUGGCUUGCUGACAGAUGUCUUCUAACUGAAGAUGCCUUUGUACACCAAGGAAUGGAGAGGAGGGAGUCUUGUAACCCCUUGUAUUUGUUUGGUGAAUGAAAAAGGUUUGACCAUCAUGGAAUGACAGGUGCCAUGUGACUGAUUACUCACAGCAGAUGAGGCAAUUCGCAUAGCCUCAGAGUCCUUUGCUAAUUGCAACUCUCUUGUGAAUUAUUCUGAUUCUUUCUUAUGCAGAUUUUGAUUUGUAUGAUCAGCACUGAUUUUUCUGAUUACUGUCCAGCUUGUAGUUUUGAGUUUACUGAACUACUGUCUGUUGUUUCAUAUUUAAGUGUAUUUAAAGAAAAUAAACACCAU